AUGGAGACUGCUCCGAUGAACCGGGCGUCUAGCCCAGUCGCUUCUCGCCUGGAACAUCGAUCGAGUACGCCUUCGUAUCUGACCGCCUUGCGCGGCUUGGAAAACCCGGUUUCCAGCUCUGUCCUCAAUAUCGCCGACACCCUCACCACCACCUCCGCCGAGGACGACGUCGUUGCCGAUAACGUUCGCUUUCUGCGCUCACCUGUCGAUCCGCAAGAAGAAUGGAGGGCAGAGAAUGCUAGGGAGGAGACUACUAGAGACCGGCAGCGCACGGUAUUGGAACACCGAGCAGAAGAGCGGGAGCGGAGGGAGCGGAUGCUGAUGGUAAUGACCCGGCUGGAUGGUUUGCGGAGGCAAGAUUCGUCCCAAUCCUCAUACAGCGACCGUGUCCCAAGUCAGAACAGCCUGUACGACUGGUCGCCUGCUAAUGAUGAGGACGAACUUAAUGCUUUAAUGCAAGGUUUGCGGCAGCAGCAACCCACCACCAAUCCAGAGAUUCUACGUUCCAUGGGACGUUCGCACCUGGAAUCGGAGCGUCAGUCACAAAACCGCGCAUACAACACCUCCCGAUUUCUCAGCUCGACACAGCCUUCACAUUCUUCUGAGAGUUCGCUGCGGGCCACAGCUAUCGUCCAGUCUGUUCGUCGUCAUCCUCGUUUCUCGGAUCGCUCUCGACACUACAUGCAGCGACACACCGCCGAUAGAGAACAAGCCCAGCGGGCCGCUGCGGACAACGACAUGCCUGCAAGAAACUCUACCUUCAGUCCUCGCAUUCCUGCCGUAACGAUCCCAAGAGACCUCAGUCGAUACGAGCAGAAUAGGAGAUCCUGGCAGGCUGAGCAGACCCGUACGCCUGAUUCGCAGGCCGAAUCAGACAGACUACGGAGUUCUGACAGUACUACUCGACCCCCGGUGGACUCAUAUAGGCGAACCUAUCUCGAAGAUCCGAUCGUAAAGCGUAAAGCCUCACCACCUACGCCAUCUCUUCAGCAAACAAUCAGAUACCUUUCAGGCCUUAGAUAUUGCCAGUCUUAUGAAGAAAGUCUCCACUGUGCCGCUGAAGCGGGCUUCCCAACUACGAACUUAGCUGGCGAUACCGUCGAAGUGCACAACGACUUCCUCCUUCAUCUAUCCUGCAUACCCGAACCUGCCGAAACCUCGUGGCUUCGACCAGGCGCCGUCCUCGGAGGCCAUCAGCAUGCUACAUCGGCGACGUCGGCUCCAAGCACAUCAGCACGACCACCGACUAUUUCACGACUCCCGAACGGCAACAUUGUUUCAGAUUGGUUGCAUGUCGCCGACGAUUCCACGCAUCCAGUCUCGUCAACAGCUUCUUCUCGUCCAGAUUGGCCUGCUGCUCUUCACCCCAACCACACCCCCUGGAACACUCGCAACAACGAUCUUCCACCGCACGCUCGCCGUGCCGUCGACCCUAUCGCUCGCCAGAUAUCUACUGCUUCUCUGUCCCGACAAACAGCUGCCGCAAACAUCGCCCGGCUACAUGCGCCUCCUCUCCCAACCCAAAGCCAAGACAAAGAUAAACUCCAAGACUGCUGGCCCGUCGACGUCAGCAUCCACGCUGUCGACUAUAAAACACAUAAGAUCUCCGCCACAAUGGACGCAUAUAACGUUCCGGCGCUUCCAAAUGCAAUCACUGGCGUACGCUCGCCCGCGCACAGCAUAACAACCUACCUCGAGGGCGAGAUCCUGAACCUCCGGGACAUUGGCUUUCUGACGGAGAACUUUCCGAGCAGCGCAGAGACAGACGCGGUGUAUUGGAGCAAGUUACCGCCCUUCAAGGACUACACAGAGUCUGAGCUCGUGGAGCGACUUACAAGCAAAACCUGGCUGCGCACAACAGGCGAACAGUUUGUAUUUAUGCGGUGGAAAGAGCGAUGUUUCGUGUCUCGGACGACGGAAAACAACUCCCCUGAAUGGAUGACGCAAGAUCUCACCCUUCCUGCAUCAAGAAAUUGGUAUCAACGCCGCAAUAUAACGCCCAACACCAACCCAGCUGGAAGUGGCUACACGACUAGCUAUGCCCCCUUCCCAGACGGCACAGAACACUGUGGGUUGACUAUCUCGGGCUUUUAUUAUGUGUCUCUGCGGCUCAGUGACGGUCACGUUGAGGGGCUAUAUCAUGACCCGCAAAGCUCGCCGUACCAACAUCUGACGCUGGAAAGCGAGAAACAUGGUGUUGGAGGAGCCUGGGGAUUUCGAUGA